AUGGAAGGUAAGGAGUUGAUGGAGCAAGAGACUGCACUUAGUGAUUGCGAAAUAAAGGUUUGGGGCUCUGAUGCACAUAGAAGAAGGUCAUAUGAACUGUAUUGGAAGAAACCAAGUGUUGGUAGAAUUAAACUAAACAUAGACGGAAGCAGUUUGGGGAAUCCGGGAGCUUCAGGGGCAGGAGGUGUUUUAUGGGCUUCUUAUGGAAAUAUUGUUCUGGCUUUUUCGAAGAACCUUGAUGCAGGUACGAAUACUAGUGCAGAGUUGCGGGCAAUGGUUUUUGGGUUAAGAUAUUGUCGAGAUAUGGGUUUUCAAGGCAUAGACGUGGAGUCAGAUUUGCAAGUGUGUGUGCGGUUUAAGGAGGUUGAGGAGUAUAAUCCAGAGGAUGUUUCGAUCUUUGAUCUUCAUGGUGUUAUGAAGCUGAAAAGGGAACUUUGUGAGGCAAAUGUAAUGUAG